AUGAGCACGAAUCCAAACGAGAACGUCAUUAGAAGGAAAAUCGUGAUUGUCGGAGACGGCGCCUGUGGGAAAACGUCGUUGCUCUAUGUGUUCACGUUGGGCGAGUUUCCCACUGAGUACCACCCGACGGUGUUUGAGAACUACGCGACCGACUGUCGUGUCGACGGAAAGCCGGUGAGGUUGACAUUGUGGGACACAGCGGGCCAGGAAGAGUACGAGCGGUUGAGACCGCUCUCAUACUCCAAGGCCAACAUCAUCUUGAUCGGCUUUGCCUUGAAUGCGCCCGACUCCCUCGAGAACGCCGCGGUGAAGUGGGCCCAGGAGGUGAAGCAGUACUGUCCAAACGCUCCAAUAAUAUUAGUCGGCUUGAAGAAGGACUUGAGACCCGCCGACGACGGCUCGGACCCACACUACUCCUCGCGGUAUGUCAAGACCCAGGACGGCGACCGUGUUGCACACUACAUCGGAGCCAAGAAGUACAUUGAGUGCUCCUCCUUGACAGGCGAAGCCGUCGAUGACGUUUUCGAAAUCGCCACAAGAGCAAGCUUGAUUGCUCGUCCGCUGGAAAGACAAUCAUCUGGCUGCUGCACCAUCGCUUGA